CCGAUCAUCUACACAGCUUCUCAAGCCCGUGUAAACACAUGCGAACCUGACUACAAUGGCGACAUGGUUUGAUUAAGAACAACCUGAAAUUAUUUAGGCACGACAUAUAUUUUGUUCGUUUCUCUUUUCUUCCCUCCUUUGUUAUGAUUUUCUGUUAGAGCAAGUUACCAGUUUCUCAUGGAACUGCUAAUUCGUAAGAUUUCGAGGAUAUUAGAUUAGGGCAUUCAACCUGCUAAACAUUUAACUUUUUAUUUAGGUUAAUAUGGUGCCGUGGUGUUCAAACUUGUCAACUCUAUUCUAUCACCAUGAUUCUGUAACCUCUAUUUCUCGUAAACUUCCAUCAAAUAUAGAAGAAGAGAAAAAAGAGGGUGCAAGUACUGAAUCAAAACUAGGCCAAGCUGGUGUCAUGAGUCGUGUAACAAUUUCUUGGAUCAACCCAGUAUUGAAGUUAGGUUAUUCAAAACCACUGGUUCUUGAAGAUAUUCCCACACUCCUGGCUGAGGAUGAAUCCCAGGUAGCAUAUAAGAGAUUCUCAUACAUAUGGGGUUCUCUCAGUAGAGACUUCAACUCUAGUAAUGCCAAAAACUUGCUUCUCCGAACCUUAGCUAUAACUCAAUGGAGAGAAAACUUAUUUGUAGGUGUUUGUGCCUUGGUUAGGACAAUUGCUGCCGUGGUAUUGCCCUUAUUUCUCUAUGCCUUUGUGCAAUACAUAAAAAAUGAGAGCAAAAUCGCAUCUAAAGGUUUGGUUCUUGUGGGAUGCUUAGCAGUGAUCAAGUUUAUGGAGUCUUUAUCCCAAAGGCACUGUUACUUCAACGCAAGGAGGUCUGGUUUGAGAAUGAGAUCAGCCAUUAUGGUAGCAAUCUACCAAAAGCAGCUGAUACUAUCUACUUUAGGAAGGAAAAGGCACUCAACAGGUGAGAUUAUGAACUACAUCGCAUUUGAUGCUUAUCGGAUGGGGGAUACGUUGUGGUGGUUCCACAGGGCAUGGAGUCUUGUUUUGCAGCUGUUUCUUUCAAUUGGCAUUAUUUUCAAGGUUGUUGGUCUUGCUGCGCUACCUGGUCUAGUUCCCAUCCUACUUGUCAUCAUUCUUGACAUUCCCUUUGCUAAACUACAUAAGAAGCAUCAGUCCCAGUUCAUGGUUGCACAAGAGGAACGACUGAGGGCCACCAUGGAAGUUUUGAACAACAUGAAAACCAUCAAGUUGCAAUCAUGGGAAGAUAAAUUCAAAAGCAGGGUUGAUUUUCUGAGAGGCACAGAAUACAAAUACUUGGCUAAAAUGCAAGCUAAAAGGCCCUACACCACAGUUCUGUAUUGGAUGUCACCAACUAUUGUCUCUGCAGUUGUCUUCAUUGGAUGUGUACUAAUAAAAGGCACCCCAUUGAACGCUGCGACAAUAUUCACAGUAUUAGCAACUUUACGAGGUAUGUCAGAGCCUAUGAGGUGGAUCCCCGAGUCACUUUCCUUCCUAAUUCAAGCCAAGGUUUCAGUAGAUCGCCUCAACACAUUUUUGCUUGAAGAUGAGCUCAACGUGGAGGAAAUGCAAGUUUCAUCAAAGAAUUUAGACAAGAGCUCAAACAAAUGUAUUGAAAUACAAGGAGGUAACUUUAGCUGGGAGCCGGAAUCUGCUGUUCUAGCACUAAAAGAUAUCAACUUGGAGGUUAAAAGGGGGCAGAAAAUUGCAAUUUGUGGUCCAGUUGGUUCUGGUAAAACAUCACUCCUAUACGCUAUUCUCAGAGAAAUACCAAAAAUAACCGGUUCAGUAAAUGUGUUUGGAUCCAUUGCCUAUGUUUCACAAGCACCUUGGAUUCGGAGUGGAACCAUUCGUGACAACAUACUAUGUGGAGAGCCAAUGGAUAGAACUAGAUAUGACAUGGUUACAAAAGCAUGUGCUUUAGAUAAGGAUAUUAGCAGUUUCAACCAUGGCGAUCUCACGGAAAUCGGUCAAAGAGGGAAUAAUUUGAGUGGUGGACAGAAACAGAGAAUUCAACUUGCAAGGGCAGUCUACAUAGAUGCUGAUAUCUAUAUUCUCGAUGACUCUUUAAGUGCAGUGGAUGUCCAUACAGCUGCAGUCCUUUCCAAAAAAUGUAUAUCGGCUGCUCUCAAAGACAAAACUGUUAUUUUCGUGACGCAUCACCUUGAGUUCCUCACAGAAGCUGACAAGAUUCUGGUUAUGGAAGGUGGACAGAUAAUGCAGUCAGGAAGUUUUGAGGAAUUGCUAUCUGCUGGGACAUCAUUUGAACAGCUUGUGAAUGCAGUCUCUGACUUGGUCUCUUCAGAACAUGGAAAAAAAACUGAAACUCCAAACUCUAAUGUAGAUCAGUUCGAGGAGUCCAACGAGUGUUUCCCCUCUGAAGAAAACAAUGAUAGGGAGAUUUUGGCAUGUGACCAGUUAACAAAAGAAGAAGAGAGGGAGAUCUUGGCAGGUGACCGGCUGACAAAAGUAGAGGAGAGGGAGAUUGGCAAAUUUGGGUUUAAACCACUUUUAGACUAUCUUCGUGUAUCCAAGGGCUCCCUUCUGUUCGGCUCAGUCAUACUGUCCCGGAUUGCCUUCUCCCUUUUUCAGGCUUGUGCAAGUUAUUGGCUGGCACUAGCAAUUCGAAAUCCUAAAGUUUCCAACGGAAUCUUAGUUGGAGUUUACACAGGAAUUUCAAUAUCCAGUUGUCCUUUCGUAUUUUUAAGGUCUUUAUUAGGCGUCCUAUUAGGAUUGAAUGCUUCAAAAGCGUUCUUCUCAGGUAUCAAUAAGUCAUUGUUCGAAGCUCCCAUGCAUUUCUUUGACACAACUCCGGUUGGAAGGAUAUAUACUCGGGUUUCAUCCGACAUGAGCGCAUUGGAUCUUGACGUUCCUUCGAGCCUUGGCCACUUGAUCUCUACCACAUCUGACCUCCUUGUGACAAUAGCUGUAAUGGCCUCUGUCAAUUGGCCAGUACUUAUUGUAUCCAUUCCAGCUGUUAUGGCUGCAAUAUAUGCUCAGGAAUAUUAUGUAUCGACAGCAAGAGAAUUAAUCAGAAUUAACGGAACGACUAAAGCACCUAUUAUGAACUGUGCAGCCGAGACAUCUCUUGGGGUGAUCACCAUUAGAGCUUUUAACAUUAAGGACAUCUUUUUCAAAAACUAUCUCAAGCUCAUUGACACAGAUGCAAGUCUUUCUUUUCAUUCUAAUGCUGCCGUGGAGUGGUUGAUUUUACGUGUAGAGACACUGCAGAAUCUGAUUGUACUAACUGCUGCACUUUUAAUUGUUCUGCUUCCUAGCAAAAACCUACCAGGGUUUGUGGGACUGUGUCUUUCUUAUGCCCUAUCUCUGAAUAGUACCCAAGUGCUCAUGACUCGCUGCUAUUGCGAAUUGUCAAACUAUAUUGUAUCUGUUGAAAGGAUCAAGCAAUUCAUGUGCAUAGCCCCAGAACCUCCUGCAAUUGUUGAAGGAAUGAGACCGCCUUCUUCGUGGCCCGCUUAUGGAAGAAUAGAGUUGCAUGAUCUGAAGAUACGAUAUCGGCCAAAUGCUCCUCUAGUUCUCAAGGGAAUCACUUGCACAAUCAUGGAAGGGACUAGAGUCGGAGUUGUCGGAAGAACCGGAAGUGGCAAGACUACAUUAAUCAGUGCUUUGUUUAGAUUAGUAGAGCCAGAAAGCGGGAGAAUUCACAUAGAUGGACUUGAUAUCUGCAAUAUGGGGCUGAAGGAUUUAAGAACAAAGCUUAGUAUAAUUCCUCAAGAGCCAACUCUUUUCAAGGGAAGUGUUAGGUUUAACUUGGAUCCGCUAGGACAGUACCCUGAUAAUGAAAUAUGGGAGACUACAGAGAAAUGCCAGCUUAAAGAUACAAUCAGCAGUCUUCCUAACCUUUUGGAUUCACCAGUUAGUGAUGAGGGGGAGAAUUGGAGUAUUGGGCAGCGUCAACUUCUCUGUCUCGGGAGAGUUCUGCUUAGAAGGAACAGAAUUAUGGUGUUAGAUGAAGCAACUGCUUCAAUUGACGCGGCCACAGAUGUCAUUUUGGAAGGAAUCAUAAGGCAAGAGUUCUCAGGAUGCACUGUGAUAACAAUAGCUCACAGAGUCCCCACAGUGAUAGACAGUAACAUGGUCAUGGUCCUCUCGGAUGGGGAAAUUGUGGAGUUUGACGUGCCUUCAAAGCUUAUGGAAACAGACUCGUCCUUUUCUAAGCUCGUGGCUGAAUACUGGUCCAUUUGCAAUAGAAACUCUCUGCAGAGUUCCCGCAGUCUUCAAAGAAAUUCCCAGACAAUCUAGCUUGUAGAAGUUCCGAACUUGAUUAUCGGAGGAAGAACUCGAAGGGAAAGGACCCGAGCACUAAUAUGCAGCUUAAGGCUUCUUCCCAGGCCUCAGCCAUCUAUCUAGGGACAUGUUUUCCUCUGCAAGCAAUGUUCUUGUAUUCCUAUGGUUUUUUUAUCAGUUCCAUGUAGACUGCUUCUCCUUCAGGAGCCGUUGAUUAAUUAAUA